AUAAGAUGCUGCUGCAGCACGGAUAAGCAUGCUUGCCUCUUCAUUCUUCAGUCAUUUCUUUCUUAACCCCAUCCUAUAUCUCUUUCAUUAUUUAAUAUUACCUUGGGUUUGAGGAUGAGCUAUGGAAUCAGAAUAAAUACACCUAGCACAUUCUGUUUCCUUGCACCCACUCAUGUUUAUGUAGCUGUAAGCCUGAUCUGAGAGAUCCCAUGGGAAAGAAACUAGGGGGAAGUUCAUGGUUGACGGCAGUAAAGAGGGCCUUCAGGUCUCCGACUAAGGAGAGCAGUAGUAAUGUUGACAAGAAGAGUUGCAGGAGGAGAGAGCAUGAGCAUGAGGAGGAUGAAGAAAAGAAAAGAGAAAAGAGAAGAUGGUUGUUCAGGAAAGGUGCAGCAGCCCAGAAUGGUCAGGCGGGUGAAGCGACGAAGGUGAUGAACAACAACGAGUCAAGGCAUGCCAUUGCGGUGGCUGCCGCCACCGCAGCGGCGGCUGAGGCGGCCGUGGCGACAGCUCAGGCAGCCGUGGAGAUCAUCCGCUUGACACGGCCUUCCAAUAGGCAGCACUUUGCAGCAACUGUCAUCCAAACGGCCUUCCGAGGCUAUCUAGCAAGGAGAGCCCUUGUUGCUCUAAAGGGGAUUGUUAAGCUUCAAGCUCUGAUAAGAGGCCAGAACGUACGAAAGCAAGCAAAGAUGACACUAAAAUGCAUGCAAGCUCUGCUUCGAGUGCAGGCUCGGGUCCGGGAACAGCGUGCCCGCCUUUCACACGACGGAGGCGGCCGCAAAUCCAUGUUCGCCGAACCCACCACCAACUUUUGGGAAUCUAAUAAAUACCUUUCAGAUAUCAGAGAUCGAAAGUCAAUGGAUUUGCAGUCUAGAGAUGGAAGCUCAAUCGCAGAUGAUUGGAGGGACUGCCCACGAACACUUGAAGAACUGGAAGCAAUGUUGCAAGCCAGAAAAGAGGCUUCCAUCAUAAGGGAAAGAUCCCUGGUUCAUGCUUUCUCACAACAGGAAUGGAGCUCAGAGAUGGAGCUUGUUGAGGAGGAGGGAGAGGAGAAAGAAGUAGAAGAAAGAACAAACUGGCUAGAAGAGUGGAUGUCGUCGAAGCAAUGGAACUGCGGCAGCAGAGCUUCAACCGAAAGGAGAGAGGCUGUAAAGACCGUGGAAAUCGACACAUCAAUGCCGUAUUCUUACACAAGAAGAUCGCUCCAACACUUGAGUCCACACCACAACCACAACCACAAGCAAUCCCCCUGUCGCCAGAAACCAUCGCUCUACAAUUUCCCCAUCCUUCAACCCCCCGCAACCCCUUCUCCAUCCAAACCAAAACCCGUGCAGCUCCGCUCCACCAGCCCCCGCCGUCUCGAAAAAAGCUACUCAACCGCCAACACUCCCUGCCUGCGCUCCACAACAGCACGUUCCCACACCCGCUACAGCAUAUCCGAGGUAGCAGCCGCCGCCACCAACGUUGCCGUGCCCAAUUACAUGGCUGCCACGGAAUCUGCAAAGGCCCGGGUCCGGUCACAGAGCGCGCCCAGGCAGAGGCCAUCCACCCCCGAGAGGGAGCGAACCGGGUCGGUAAAGAAACGCUUGUCUUACCUCAUCCCAGAGCCAUAUCCCCUCAACACUGGCUAUAGCCAGAAUCUGAGAAGUCCCAGCUUCAAAAGCGUCCAAGCUGGGUAUGUAGGGAUGGAGCAGCAAUCAAACUACUCAUGUAACACUGAUAGCAUUGGUGGGGAAAUUUCUCCUUGUUCAACUACUGAUCUUAAACGCUGGCUAAGAUAAAUCCAAAUCUAAUGAGUUUGUUUAGCUUCAAUUGUGUUAAGUUGUUUCCUUGAUUUAGGCAUGGGAAUGUGAGGGUAGUUGAUAGUUGAUGGUGGUGGUUGAGAAAAGAAGCAAGAGAAUUCCCAAUGUCCAUGAUUUUUAUUUUCCAGAUUUGUAUUCUAGCUCAAAAUAGAAAUGAACUUUCAAGGUAUAUUACCUUCUCCUCA